CACCACCUCUCGACACGACCCAACCGCCGCCAUCAUCCUUCCUUGCCCCACGGCCCCACUCCUCCACCACCUCCACCAAACCCUCCUUCCACUCGCCGUCUCUUCCAAGCCAAGCAAGCAAGCAAGCAAACAAGCGACCUCCUUGAUAAAGCUCGCUCCUUGAGAUUGGUAGUAGGUAGCACAAGCGAGAUGGAGGACGUGGAGCCUGGCACCGCUGCGAAGCGGCAAGCCGCCGGCGAAGCGUAUUACUACCAGACGGCGGCGGCGGCAAUGGAGGAGGAGGAGGAGGAGGAGGAGCGGACGUGGGCGCCGUGGCUGGUCCCGGUCUUCGUGCUCGCGUGCGUGGGCGUCUUCGUGGCGGAGAUGUACGUCAACAACUGCCCCGCCCAUUCUCAUCCCCUCGGCUCCUGCGUCGCCGGCUUCCUCCAUCGCUUCUCCUUCCAGCCCGUCCGGCAGAACCCUCUCCUCGGCCCCUCCUCCUCCACCUUGGAGAAGAUGGGAGCUCUCGAAUGGAACAGAGUAGUCCGCCGGAAUCAAGGUUGGAGGCUACUAUCUUGUAUCUGGUUGCACGCCGGCCUCGUCCAUUUGAUCGUAAACAUGCUGAGUUUGAUCUUCAUCGGCAUUCGUCUCGAACAGCAAUUCGGAUUCGUCCGCAUUGGAGCAAUAUACAUACUGUCAGGCUUUGGUGGUGCUGUUCUUUCAGCUCUUCUAUUAAGGAAUAGCAUUUCUGUGGGUGCUUCAGGAGCUUUGUUUGGGCUUCUUGGAUCAAUGCUUUCAGAGCUCAUUAUAAAUUGGACUAUCUACUCGAAUAGGAUUGCAGCUCUGUUAACUCUCAUGAUUGUUAUCAUAAUCAACUUGGCCAUUGGUUUAUUUCCUAGUGUGGAUAGCUUUGCCCAUGUUGGAGGAUUCUUAUCGGGUUUCCUCCUCGGUUUUGUUCUGCUAAUCCGGCCUCAGUUUGGAUGGUUCGAACGCGAUGAGCUUCCCCCUUCGGCUCAAGUUACAUCCAAGUAUAAAGCCUACCAAUAUGUCUUGUUGGUAUUUGGACUCAUUUUAUUUGUAGCUGGAUUUGUCGUUGGAUUAGUUAUGCUUUUUAGGGGAGUGAACGGGAACGACCACUGUCAUUGGUGCCACUACCUAAAUUGUGUACCGACAUCGAGUUGGAGCUGCAAUAACUGAGGAAGAUAAAAAGUUGCUGCAACACCGCAAGAACACAUUUUUCUUUCUUCUUUCUUGGGUUAUUGUGUCCCAGAUAAGAGUUUGUACAGCUUAAGAACUUGAUUGUUAUUUGAUCCUGAUCCUUUGAGUGAAUUACCUACAGAUUUUCAUCAGAAUUGUUCUACUGUAGUAUUUGCCAUUCUUAGAUAUGAAUCUCAUAAUUUGAUUGAA